CUUUUUUUUAACUCCCGUUUCUCCUUCCUCUUCCGUUUCCGUCCAGGCUGCCGACACCUCCUUCGGCCCAGCCGCGGCCUCUCCGGGCUGUGGCGGCCCCGGGGCGACGACAUGGAGGUAAAAGAUGCAAAUGCCGCACUGCUGAGUAACUUUGAGGUGUUCCAGUUACUCACUGAUCUUAAGCAGCAGCGCAAAGAGAGUGGAAAAAACAAGCAGAGCUCUGGUCAGCAGAACCUGAACACAAUCAUGUAUGAAACACUGAAGUACAUCUCAAAAACGCCCUGUAGGUACCAGAGUCCUGAGACGGUGAGAGAUUUCCUCGUAGCGAUGAAAGGCCACAAGCUAACCAAGGCAGAAAAGCUCCAGUUGCUUAACCACAGGCCUGUGACGGCAGUCGAAAUACAGCUGAUGGUAGAAGAAAGUGAGGAAAGGCUGACAGAAGAGCAGAUCGAGUCACUUCUCCAGACUGUCACCAGUAUUCUUCCAGGGGAUCCGGAAGAACAGCAGCGAGACUCAGCAAUGGCAACCGAAGACAAAGGUGACCAAGCAUAGGAGGCACGCACACCAAAGCUGGCAGCAGUUUUGGCAGGAGUGAUCAUCUAAUAUUGUUCUAUUUUUCACUCGGUACCAGUUUAAUCUUGUAUUGAACAUCAUUGUAAAAUAUGUUAACAAUUUUUAUUACACAGAGGUGAUGAGGGAACCAAUUGUUUACAAGAAAGCAUGGAAAAGGACACUGUUGUUUUGGCAUUUUGUCAUAAAACAGGGAUUGCAGUAACUGAGUUUGUAGCAACCUGAGAAAUUAUGAAUCUGAAGCUUUUGUAUUUUCUCUGUUACCCACGUAACAGCUGUACAUUUGAAUAGGCUUACAUGCAGCUGGCAAGGUUUUAAUUAUCACAGCAGUACUAUAAUUAUAAUUGCUUUCACAUGCUUUUGAAUUCCCCAACUGGUUUUCAGAGUAGGUUCUACAGCACAAAGGCAGCUUUUGGAGCUGUUUGUGCAAAGGGCUGUUUUCAGGGCUCAGGACAGAGAGUGAUGUG